UUUUCUUAGAAUAAGCUUCAGAGAGAACUCAAAGAGAAAACAAGUUUGGAGAGAAAGAAACAAGGAAGAUGAAGUUGCAGGAGUAUCUGUUCUUGGUGGCUAUGUUCUGCCUUUCUUGUACGCAACCCAUCAAGUGUCAAACCAAGCAAAAAUGCCCAGAAAAAUGUGGAAAUGUUACACUUGAGUUCCCUUUCGGCACAACUCCAGGUUGUUACCAUGAGGAAGAUCCCAGUUUCAAACUCACAUGUAACGAGCAAGGGCUAUUCUUUAAUGGCGGCUUUCCAGUUGUCAACAUUUCUCACAGCAGCCAGCUAAGCAUCACGUUUCCUCCAUCCUACGCUUGCUACAACGAGUCUGGACAUCUUCAAAAAGGCGCUGCCUACUAUAACGACAGGCUCGGAAAUUUAACUCUCUCCGACAACAACACCCUUUUUGCAGUAGGUUGUGACACUUAUGCUUUUGUGACAACUAGUGGAACUAGGAAAAACUCAUUCGGAUGCAUAUCGGUAUGUGAUGAGGAACCACUUGUAACAAAUAGAGAAUGUAAUGGUGAAGGUUGCUGCCAAAACCCUGUCUCUGCAGGGAGCAGUUGGUACAUAGUCAGACCAUAUCGCUUUGUCAACGACACUUCUGAGCGUCCCCAUAGAAGUUCUUGCAUCUACGCCUUUGUCGUUGAAGAUGGGAAGUUUAAGUUUAAUGAUAUUGAAGAUGGAAAGUUUAAGUUAAGUGAUAAAGGAUUGGUGGAUUAUUCUUAUCUUCAGACUACGUGGUUACCUGUGGUGCUAGAUUGGUCUAUCGGAGGACAGAAAUGCAAUCAACUUGGAAACGGGAGCUUGUGCAGUGUAAACAGUACAUGUUCUGACUCUACUGUCAGAACCGGUUACGUCUGCAAAUGUGAACCAGGUUACUAUGGGAAUCCAUAUCUGAAAGAGGGUUGUAAAGACAUCAAUGAGUGUAAUAGUACUACCCAUGAACAUAACUGUACAGAAAACAGCUUCUGUGAGAACACGAACGGAAGCUUCUGGUGUCCUUGUAAAACUGGUUACCACAAAGAAAACUUUACUAUGAGCUGCUCUCUUACCGAGAUUAACGAGAAGCCUGACUCAGGUUCAACAGACUAUGAAUGGGCUAAGAUUUUUCUUGGAACAACCAUCGGCUUCUUGUGCAUUCUGCUGGUGGUUACUUCUAUACAGCAGAGGAUGAAGCACAGGAAAACCGCCGAGCUCCGACAACACUUCUUCGAGCAAAACGGUGGCGGCAUGCUGAUACAGAGACUCUCAGGAGCAGGCCCAUCAAAUGUUGAUGUCAAGAUCUUCACUGAGGAAGGCAUGAAGGAAGCAACUAGUGAUUAUGACGAUAGCAGAAUCUUGGGCCAGGGAGGCCAAGGAACAGUCUACAAAGGGAUACUGCCAGACAAUUCAAUAGUUGCUAUAAAGAAAGCUCGGCUUGGUGACUGCAGCCAAGUAGAGCAGUUCAUCAACGAAGUGCUUGUGCUUUCACAGAUCAACCAUAGGAACGUGGUUAAGCUCUUGGGCUGCUGUUUAGAGACUGAAGUUCCUUUACUAGUCUAUGAGUUCAUUAACAGUGGUACACUUUUUGAUCACUUGCACGGUUCCUUGUUUGAUUCUUCUCUUACAUGGGAACACCGGUUGAGGAUAGCAGUGGAGAUUGCUGGAACUCUUGCUUAUCUUCACUCCUCUGCUUCUAUUCCAAUCAUCCACCGAGAUGUUAAGACUGCUAAUAUUCUCCUUGAUGAGAACUUAACUGCAAAGGUAGCUGACUUUGGUGCUUCAAGACUCAUACCGAUGGAUAAAGAGCAGCUCACAACUAUGGUGCAGGGAACUUUAGGCUACUUAGACCCUGAAUACUACAACACAGGGUUGCUAAACGAAAAGAGCGAUGUUUAUAGCUUCGGGGUAGUCCUCAUGGAACUUCUCACAGGCCAAAAGGCAUUGUGCUUUGAUAGGCCACAGUACUCAAAACAUCUGGUGAGUUACUUUACUUCUGCCACAAAAGAGAAAAGGUUGCACGAGGUUAUUGAUGGGCAAGUGAUGAACGAGAAGAACCAGAGGGAGAUCCAGGAAGCUGCAAGAGUUGCUGUUGAGUGUACGAGGGUGACGGGAGAGGAAAGGCCAAAGAUGAAGGAAGUAGCUGCAGAGCUUGAGGGCCUGAGAGGUAGUAAGACUAAACAUCAGUGGUCGGAUAACUAUCCUGAGCCAGAGGAGAGUGAGCACUUGCUCGGUUUAGGGAUCUUAUCAGCACAAGGUGAAACCAGUAGCACUGGCUAUGACAGCAUCAAGAAUGUAGCAAUAUUGGACAUUGAAGCUGGCCGCUGAUUAGGCCACAUUCCCUUGAAACUGACCAAGUUUCUUCUAUCUUCCUUUUCAUACUAAACAUUUGAAUCUUUGUGCUUGAUAGAUUCUUGAUCCUCAGGUCAUCAAUCAUUAUGUUUAUAACUCUUUAUUGGUAUUGUACACUACACUAUCAGAAUAAUACAUUUGAGCAAUGUCUCAACGGGUUGUAA